CCAGGCGAUUUGCAGUGCGGCGUGUGGACUGAAGCGGAGGGACGGUUUGCAGAUCGCCCAGUUCCCUGUCGGUGUGGGUGGAGCGCUAUAAAAGAACGAGGAGACUGCAGACCCAAACACACUUCAGACCAGCUGCUAUGUUACACCGCCGUCCUCAAAAGUACGGCUGCGGCUGAAACCCCAGACAACUCCCCUCAACAGCCCCAGAAUGUCAUAGCGGAGGAACGCGAAGUUAAUGGAUCUUGGAUUGUUCCCGCUUCUACAAUGAAGAUUACAGGUGAAGGGUGUGCAUCGGGGGGUCGCAAAUCUUUCCUUAGAUUACAGUGUGAUCUGACAGCUGGCCUCGAACCGCUGGAAGGUAGAAGUAAUUGGUCUAAAGUACGGUGAGAGUGAGCACUCCACGAUGGCUCGUCUGAGCGUGGGGAAAAUUAGACUGUGAAGCAGCCGCAGGUGCGAGCUCCUGUUCCUGCGCCACGCUGGCGUGGCCCAAGUGUCGGCGCUGCCCCGCUCCAGCACUUGACUCAGGGUCCGUUCCCGGCUUCGAACUCAGCCCGGGAUGUGAGUGUGGCUGUCGCGGGAGGUCGGAGAGCACAACACGUGUGCACCGAGCGGACAGGCGCGGCAUUUUGUUCUUAUUGAUCCUGUGAUCCCGUGAACUGGGAAUGAUGAACAGUUCCGCGGAAUGUCUGGGACCAAACGGCGUUGAGCUACACACCAAUUCGAAGCAUGUGAACUGCACCACAAGGCUGGACGCUCACACUGGGGGCGGCAUUACAGCCCUGGGCAUUCUUGUCUCGGUUUUCCUGAGUCUCAUUACCCUGGCGACUGUGGUAUCCAAUGGAUUUGUAAUCGUCACCAUCUACCAGACCAGGAAGCUUCACACUCCCGCCAACAUCCUGAUCGGCUCCUUGGCCGUCACUGACCUCAUGGUCGCCCUACUGGUGAUGCCCAUCGGCAUUGUCUACACGGUCAGCGGCACUUGGAGUUUCGGACAAAUUGUUUGCGAUAUCUGGCUGUCCUCGGACAUCACCUGUUGCACCGCCUCGAUCCUGCACUUGUGUGUGAUCGCUUUGGACCGGUACUGGGCUAUCACGGAUGCGGUGGAGUACUCGGCCAGGAGGACCCCUGAAAGAGCCGCUGGGAUGAUAGUCACGGUGUGGGUGAUCUCGGUCUGCAUUUCCAUCCCGCCUUUAUUCUGGAGGCAGGCCAAGGCAGUAGGGCUAACUGACUGCAUGGUCAACACCGACCAGAUCUUCUACACCAUCUACUCAACUUUCGGAGCCUUUUACAUUCCCACUUUGCUGCUGAUCGCACUCUAUGGGAGAAUCUACGUGGAGGCGAGAUCCAGGAUCCUGAAGCAGACACCAAAGAACACGGCCAAGAGGCUGACCACAGCUCAGCUGGUAACCGACUCGCCGGGAUCUUCCUCGCUCUCGGUGAACUCUCGGGCGAACGACGCUUCCAACGAGGCCGGGGGCUCUCCGGUGUAUCUGAACCAUGUCAAGAUCAAAGUUUCCGAUGCGCUUUUGGAAAGGAAGCGGAUCUUGGCGGCCAGGGAGAGGAAAGCGACGAAAACUUUGGGCAUAAUCUUAGGGGCGUUCAUCGUGUGCUGGCUGCCGUUCUUCAUAAUCACCCUGGUGAUGCCCAUCUGCAAAGAGGCUUGCUGGUUUCAUCAUGCCAUAUUUGACAUCUUUAAUUGGCUGGGCUAUCUAAAUUCUCUCAUUAACCCUAUCAUUUACACCAUGUCUAACGACGACUUCAAGCAGGCUUUCCAGAAACUAAUCCGGUUUAGAUGACUGUGAAAUCACCAAGUAGUCUCAUACGUGUACAAGUAAGAACACUAAACCACCGUCUCUUUCUGCCCCUCUACAUGUGCUGUUUUAAGUGACCAAAAGAUCGAGUCAUAUCAAGACUGUCCAGGUAGUGUCUUAGCAACUACACCAAAUAUUUGGAAUUUCGGGUUUCAAAAUCAGUAUGUGCACACAUGUGGCAUCGUCAGGGAAUAAAUAUACCUGUUCAGUCCCCAAGUCAGUAAAUAAAACAAAUGUCCAUACCCGCGUCUGAUAAGACAGAUCAAAAUAUACCUGUAGUUAUGAGGGGGCGGGGAAUCUUUUCAUUUUCUUUUUCCCAUCCUGCAGUGGAAUCGCUCUGAAUCCAUUCAUUAUGGAUUGACGCUUGAUAAUGUGACAUUGGAUCAGUUCGCACGCCUAGCGAAGUCCCGUUCUCUGAGCACCUUAUAAAUCAGACAUAUGAGAUCAGAUCGUCGGGAGAUAGGGUUAGAUCUUUUGUCCGUGUCCCACAGUUUUGAACUAACUGUGCCUCUUAAACAGCUUUGGCUGACUUUGAAAUUUUGCCUCUUCUCAGCUUAGCUUGCUUUAAGCCGAAGUUUUGGUAAUUUGAAAACGCAGUAUAUGAGUACCAAGGGAGUGAAUAUGUCGAUUGAAAUGUAAUUUGAAUCUCAGAAACAUCGCUAUUGCUCUAAUCGCAAUAGCUGUCGGAGUGGCAUCUUUUCAACGUGUUCUGCAUUUAAAAACACACAUUACUCAUUGCUGGCAUAUGUCAAAGCGCAAAACCAGUUUUGAUGACUGGGUGGUUAUCUGUGGUUUGAAACUACAUGUUCCGCCUGUGUGUUAUUCAGUGUCCGUGCUUUCCGAAAGAUUCCUUUCAAUUGCGUUAUUAUAGAUUAGUACUGGUAGUAUGAAGAACAGCUAAAUAACUUUUAAGACAGCUAAAUGAUUUUUGAUACAUGAACCAUGUUUUGAUUAAUCAGUGUUUUCUGUUGAUCGAUUUAGAAGUAUCAUUAAACAGAAAUGAUUGGUCUUUUGUAACAAGUGGUGAACAUGUCUCGUUUUAAUAAUGUUUGGAAGAAAGAUCCAAACAAAAAAGAACAGUGGAAUGGUAGUUGUGGGAAGGACCAGUAGAGGUUCUUGCUUGAAUCAACAUCAAUAAAAAGCAUCCAUCUUAGAGGAAGUUUACAUUCUUGUGAGCAUUGUAAUUCAGAUACUGCUUUGCAAGCUUUUUGGGUUAAAGAAGAGGCUUCGAAAAUAUCAAAUCACUGUCUGUUCAAGUACAUCCUUGUACAUAUUAUCUAAUAGAUAAAGGAUGUGUUGUUGUGCAUGUAAACAAGGACUGUGGAGCUACUUAA